AUGUCCGAGUUUGGCGUCUCUAUGAUGCCUGUUGAACCACCACCAGAUGAUUUAUGCGCACUUGGUCCAGCGCCAAGCGUCAUGAAUAUCGAUUCUAUUGAUGCUGUGUCUAACUAUGACUUUGACCCCAAUGAAGCUCCUGUUAAUCUUCUUCAAGUACCAAGUGUUCUUGAUCUCGAGAGACUUGAUAAUCUAAAUGAACCGCUUGGCACAGCUCCGUCAAUUCUUAAUAUUGACACCAUUUCUGUUUAUUCCCACGAUGAGGUUCAGGCGAAUAACUCUGAACUGACUGAUUUAACGGAGGUUUUUAUGGUCGAGUUCCAAGUGUGA